GGCAAAUGAGCACUGUCCUUACACCUGGAAGAAGUGCACUACAGACUACUAACUGCGACUUGCAGAAUGCCGAGUUUUGAUGAACUCCUUUGCCGAGUCGGAGACUUUGGUCCGUAUCAGCGGAGAAUUUCAAUAUUGGGCUGUCUGCCACUCGCGCUCUUCCCAUUCGUCUUGGUGGGGGUCGUGUUUUUGGGAAAUUCACCGCAGCACUGGUGCCGAAUUGAACACGCAGAGCGUAUACAGGGCGCCUGUAGCUGGACGGAGAGGGAGCUGCGGCAGCUGACUGCACCCCAUGGAUCGUCCGGCAGCUGCCAGAAGUUUGAUGUGGAUUGGAACACGAGUAUGAUUAACUGCAGCAGCAGCAACAUCAGUCAACCCUCCAGUCUCUUUGCAGUCACACCUGAGCGUGAAUCCUGCGACCACGGAUGGGUGUUCGACUCAAAUCACACAAGCGUUGUGACCGAGUUCUCCCUGGUGUGUGACAAGUCCUGGUUGGCAGAUCUCAACCAGGUGUUUCUAGCUGCAGGCUUCUUCAUUGGAGCAUUGAUCACUGGAUAUAUUGCUGACAGGUUUGGCAGAAAGCCAUGUUUCCUUGGUUCCAUGCUUGGCUUGGGUUUGGCUGGGGUGGGCGUGGCCUUCUCCUCAUUCUACCCCUUGCUGCUGGCCUUCCGCUUCCUCCAGGGAUUCUUUGCAAAGGGAGCGUGGACAGCCAUAUAUGUCCUUGUAAUUGAAUUCUUCGGAUCAAGCAACAGGAAAUUUGUCUCUGUCAUGUCAAGAACAAUCUACUCCGUUGGCAUGGUGAUUAUGCCAUGUUUUGCCUACUACAUCCACUCCUGGAGGACCCUGCAGCUGGUCAUGACCAUCCCCACAUUUGUUUUCCUGGCUUACUACUGGCUUGUUCCAGAGUCUCCUCGGUGGCUGAUAUCACAGAGGAGAACCCAGGAGGCCAUGGUUAUUGUGGAAAGCAUUGCUAAAUGCAACAACACGUCUCUGCCAGAGAAUCUCAGGAUGGUUGACCCCCUCACAGAAAAGCAGGAAGAUCUGAACCGCCCCUCUUUUAUGGAUUUGUUCCGGACUCCAAACAUCAGAAGAAUCACUUUGAUCCUCAUUUAUGCCUGGUUUACAAGCACAGUUGUCUUCCAGGGACUGGUGCUGCGUCUGGGAAUUUCAGGAAACAACGUGUUCCUGGACUUCUUUAUUUCAGCAGUAGUUGAGCUUCCUACCGGGCUGAUCUUCUAUCUUACAGUUGACCGGAUUGGACGGCGCCCCCUCAUGGCCGCAUCAAACUUCAUCGGUGGUGUUGCUUGCUUGACAGUCCCAUUCAUAUCAGCUGACUUUCUGUGGUUAAAGAAAACAGUGGCAAUACUUGGAAGGUUGGCUGUUGCAAUUGGAUUUGAGACAGUGAAUUUUGCCAACUCAGAAUUGUACCCAACUCCUCUCAGAAAUCUGGGUGUGUCCGUGUGUUCGUCAGCCAGUGAUAUAGGUUCUGUGGUGGCUCCUUUCUUGUUAUACAGGCUGGCUAACAUCUGGCAGGAGCUUCCUCUCUUCCUGUACGGCACGAUGUCUGUACUCUACAGUGCACUGGUCAUGCUUUUACCAGAAAUGAGAGGAGUCAACCUGCUUGAGACUAUAGAUGACCUGGAGAAAAUGAAAAGGACCAAUUGCUUCUGUAAGGAUGAGAAGAAAGCAGAUGGCAUCAUCUGACUGCACAUUGCUGGUUAUCAAGCUAAUCUACAGAGCUCACCAAGAAGCUUCAUACAGGCUCAUCACAUGGAAAGCUUGUGUCUGGAUGUAAGAAUUCUGAAAGCACAGAUGACAUAUAGGUUAUACAACCACUAUGUGAGCCCAAUUAAUGAUUGCACUAUAGUCAGUAAUCAAAUAGCAUUUGUCUCAGACAAGGUGAAGUUUAGACCAGGAAGCCAUCCCCACAUCUUACAAGUAGUAGUUUGCAGGAGAAGAAUUAUCUUAAAUGCUGGUUGGCUUUUUCUGGGGGCCUUUUCUAUUUUUGUGUUGAUAUAAAAAGGAAUUAGUUGGGAGCCAAUAUUCUGAGAACUCCCCAUUUCUGCUGAAUUAUGUAUGUAUGUAUGUAUGUAUGUAUGUAUGUAUGUAUGUAUGUAUGUAUGUAUAGCUAAACAAUGCUGAAAUAGUUUACAUUGAAAUCAGACUGGUGACCCACAAAUCGGUCUUUGUUUCAUUGUGUUCUUAUGUAUGCUGUCUGGAGGCAUGACAACAGAUACCUCAUUAAAAGGGUGAAAGGGAGGAGGGGAGGAAUAUUUAAGAGGGCAUUUUGUGUUGUAAAAAGUAUUUUUCUCAUUCUAUAACUGUAAAAAAUAUAGAAAUAAAAUACCUCUAUAUGUGGUGUAAAAA